AUGCCGCCCAAACCACCUCCCCCUAAGCCUCGGGCAGGUCAACAUCGCCGGCCCAACUACCAUGGUCGUAUCCAAGGUCUGGGCAGUCCGGCACCAAGUUCUCUUCGAGCCUCGACCCCUACACUCGUGCGAGCACCCACACCGGUCAGCCAGCCUCCUGCCCGAUCAAAGCCUCUCUGCCCCAACCCCGACUGUCCUGAUCGGACCAAGGUUGUCUACAGCGACCAAGGACUCAUCUGCGAGAGUUGUGGUGCCCUCGUCCAGGAAGAAUCCGGCUUGGUCAGUGAGCAGGGAUUUGGCGAGACCGAAUCUGGCCGUAUUACUGCCCUCGGUGUCCAAGUUGGUGAAAACCAAUCUCAUCAGAGGACCUUUCAUGGGGGUAACUUCGGAAGUGCUGGCCGCGAAGCCCCCCAAAAUCGCGAACGCUCAAAGGCCCAGGCCAAAAACAUCAUGGCCUCGUACAUAGCUCUUCUUGGCAUUCGACACUCCGAGGUCGAGGCGGCCGAGAGACUCUUCGAUCUCGCAAACACGGUCGGCUUUAUCCAAGGAAGAACCAUUGAGAGUGUGGCCGUCACUUGUCUCUAUGCCGCCUGUCGACGCAAGACCGAGCAAGUCGAGGGUCAACCCAGACCCAUGUACAGCCUCAUGUUGAUUGAUUUUGCCGAGAAAAUGAAUAUGGAUGUUUUCGCCCUGGGCCGGGUGUACCAGGACCUCGUGAAAAAGUUGUAUCUCGCGCGGGGGUUAGGCCAUCGAUUGGAUGGCUCGGCCGAGUUCUGGGGAAUGGAUCCGGCCACGCUUGUACCCCGGUUUGUCGACGAGCUGGAUUUUGACAAGCACGAUCGCGACAAGAUCAAACGUGAUGCCAUCAAUAUCGUCAAGCGAAUGAAGCGCGACUGGAUCGGCCAUGGCCGCAGACCGUCGGGUGUCUGUGGUGCGGCGGUCAUCCUGGCUGCUCGAAUGAACAACUACCGUCGCACCACACGCGAGGUUGUACUCACCGCCAAAGUCACCGAAAUCACCAUCAACAAACGGCUCGAGGAAUUCCACGACACACAGGCCAGCAAGCUCUCCGUCACCCAAUUCCGGAGCGAAGGAAUCCCCCAGGCCUACACACCGCAUCCGCUCGACGAGCAGCAUCCGCCUAUCAUCAAACAAGCACUGAACCCCAAAUCGAAAAACAAGAAGAGGGGCCGACCGAGAAAGGCUCCUCUUCCCGAAACUGCCGCCGAACUGGAAGGCGAUGCUGCUACGAGCACCGGACUUCAAGCUGGUCAGGUAUCGGGUGAAGGGCAGCCACCACCGGCGAAACGAGUUCGCAUUGACGCACAAGGUUACAAGAUUCCAGAGAUCCCGGCUCGACGGAACGUCAUUGAUCCGGCCCUGACUCAAGGCGAGACACCAUCAUCACAGGGUGUGGAGGGUCAAGAGAACUCAGACUCUGCGCGUCCUCGACAGAAGAGACACAAAUCUGCGCACUGGAAAGCACCACCUGCAUCGGAGGCUGAAAUUGCGAUCGAGAACGAAAUUGAAGAAGGCAUUGCAGAAGCACUACGAGAAAACCCGGACCUCGAUCCAAGCUACCAGCCUCCUCCUCUUCCUGGCGAAGGGCAACAGUCCAGUGGUGGCCAGUCUAUCGAAUCAGGGGAGGAACAAGGACCACAAUCAACCGCCAUAGAUUUCACGGUCGAUCCAACUCAGACGGUUCCUCCGCACCCGAAAGACAAGAAAUCUGGACCACCGUGCAACACGAAUAUCGGCAACCUUGGCCUCAUCUCCCUGUCUCCAACUCUCAAAGCCACAGAAUUCGACUCCGACGAAGACAUUUCCACAUGUCUCUUGUCUGAGCAGGAGACCCGCGUCAAAGAGAGGGUGUGGGUGAGUAUGAAUGCCGAUUGGUUGCGGCAGGAUCACGCCAAGAGGAUCAAAAAGGAGUUGAAGGAGGCAGACAUGAGGGCGAGGGGCUUGGACCCCGAGCAGGAGGAGAGGAGAAAGAAAAUGGAGCGGAUGAGGAGAAAGGAUGGGACGAAGAGACCGGGACGUCGGGGAGAUGUCAGCUAUUUGAAGGAGCACCGGGAGGGGAGAAAGCGGGGCAGAGGCCAGGAAGGCGAGAGGGAUGCCGGAGGAGGUGACGCGGCGGGCGGAGAGGUCGAGCAUGAGGGCGACGGAGAAGCAGCAGAGGAAGAAGACCACGACAACACCACUGUCGGUGGGAGAGAAAGGAGCGCCGCGAAAUCCAUGAGGCUGAUGCUCAUGAACCGCAGAACCUUUUCACGCCGGAUCAACUACGACGCGCUCGAAGCCAUCUACGGAAUGUCAACCAGCGAAGACAGCGAUUCGCGUAGCGUUACCGGCGAGGCUCGAAGCCGCAGCCAGAGCGUCGCACAGAGCGAGACCACCGCGACCCCGGGGCCGGACGGCGAGCGGGAGCUGCGGGAAGGAAGCAGGGAAAGCAGCGUCGUAAGCACUGCCACCUUGGGGCCGUCAGCACUCUUUCGCGGGAAUGUCGGCAGAGACAGAAAGGCCUCGAUUCUUGCCGCAGAGCGCAGGGCCAAGAAGAGCCGAGAGAGACAGGACUUGCAGAAAGUGGGGACAUCUGCUGCUGCUCGUCGCGGAGGAAGCCAAGAGAGCGAUCGCGAAGCGAGCAGGUCGUCGUCACGGAGUCGAAGCACGAGCACGCCUGCGACAGGUGACGAGGGAGAAGGAGAGGAAGAGGCAGAGGCCGACAAGGGGAGAGAACGCGAGGCCAGCGGACCGAGCCCUGAAUCUGAAUCCCGGAACCAGCCGCAACAACUCCCCUCUCCACCAAGAACACAGUCGCAGCAGAUUCCUGAGAUCAAGGCGUCAGUCGCUCCCUCGUCCGGGGUGCCGCAGAUCCGAAGCACAGGGAGCAGCUUUGCGCCGACGCCGGCACGACAGUCCACCGCUGCUGGAGAACAGAGCUAUAAUAAUACCCAGCCGAAUGACGACGACGACGACGAUGAUGAUAACGAUGAAGAGGAAGAAGGAGAGGGAGAAGAGGGAGAAGCAAGCUACGAUUCAGACGACGGUUCAGACGAUGACGACGACGACGAUGGUGGUGGUGGUAGUAAUGGCGAAGCCGACGAAGAUGUCGACGCUGCGUUCGAGGGCCGCUAUGUUGGUCGAUAG